AUGAUUACCAACAACCAACUUAUCCAAACUACCAGUUACUUCUUCGCCAUCGCAAUUGCGAUGGCGCUAUCCGUCACGGUCUUCGUAAAGGACAUCUUCACUCUUAUGAUAUUCCGCACGCCAUCUACUGCCGCAGCGGAAUAUCCUGGCAUUGCCGUUGUGGUAAAGGUCGAGGUCACUACCACACAAUAUUCGACGAUUGAACCAUCGUUGUCGGUAUUCUCCGACUCCACCUUCAUUGCAGUAUCUUCGGAGUGUUACAACGGGACACGGACAGGGAAGCGUAAUCGAACAUUCCCCCAAGUAAACCGCAGGACACUUUCUGGAUGUGUAUUGCUGGAAGACCGUCACGUCGAGGGGGGGAAAAAUCACACAAGGCUGAACUAUCUGGACAAGGCGAGAUAG